AUGAAAUUUGCCGAGAACGCCAAAAUCACCUCAAACCUGCAGCCAGAAGACUUGGAAAGGACCACGCAAUGGAUACUCGAGAUGAUGAGUCUUUACGAGGACCAGAGACCUGAUAUCGUGGACAAGUGCGACGAGGACGAGGAAGACGGACGUCUUGAGAUUCCUGGGUUUUCACCCAUUUCGGGCAAAGAAACAUUGAAAGCACACUAUGCAUGGCUUUUCAAGGGAGUAGAGCGGACUAGUUCCAAGUCAGUACUCGCCUAUCCUGGGUAUUAUUCUAACACUGAUGUAAUGUUUUCUUCAGUGUGCAAAGUGGUAGCAACAAUCCUCCCCGAUCAAAUCCACCUCGUCCUCAAGGCUACAUUUUCCAACAAGCACAGGACUAGCGAGCCAACGUACGACGUGUUCCUGGGAAAAGAUCUCAAGCCUUCAAAGGUCAAGUAUAUGAAGCUUACCGGAGAUGUCUUGUUGGAUGUGCAUAGCACUCUGAGCCUCAGUGCUGGGGCUUCAUCCCGGGCCUUGUUAACAUCAACUGAUAGUAACUACACCUCUGUCUGA